CAAUGUCAGGUCUCGGGCAGCCAGUCAAUUGAGCCAAUUCAUCCUGUUCCUCAUGCUCUACUCUCACCUGAAAGACUCCCCCAGCUUUGCUAUUGAGACUGCUCCAAUCCCCCCAUCAUACAGCAUACUAUAGCAGUCCACUCGGGCCGGCCGUGAUCGCCAUGCCUCCAGAGCCGGUGGCUGAGAUUGAGCUGGCCGACCAGUCACGCAAAGAAGGCUCUCCUCAAGCCUCCCCUCAUGAUGAUGAUGAUGAUAAUACAACAAACGGCUCCGGGCAAGAAGAGCCGUGGACCAGCCUGAGGGUGAGCAAGGUCCGGGGCGUCACCGUCAUCGUGACCCUCGCCGGCGUCAGCUUCCUCAACACGAUGGGGUCCGGCAUCCUCAUCGCCGCCCUGCCGCAGAUCGCCCGCGACCUCGGCCUGGCCGAGGAGUUGAUCCUCUGGCCGGCAGCCGUGUACGCCCUGGCCGCUGGCUGCCUGCUGCUCAUCUUCGGCACCGCCGCCGACGUCGUGGGCGCAAAGCUCAUGUGGGUGACGGGCAGCUUCCUCUUCGCCAUCUUCACCGUGGCCGUUGGCUUCUCGCAGACCGGCCUGCAGAUCAUCCUGUUCCGCACCUUCCUCGGCGUCGCCAUCGCCAUGUGCCUCCCCACCGCCGUCGGCCUCAUAACCGCCACCUUCCCCAAGGGCCCGUGGCGGAACACGGCCUUUGCCAUGAACGGCAUGGGCCAGCCGCUGGGUUAUGCCUUGGGGUUGGUCCUGGGCGGCAUCUUCACCGACGGCAUCGGCUGGAGGUGGGCCUACUACAUCAUGGCCAUCAUCAACGUGAUGCUUUCCACCGCCUCGCUGUGGUCCCUGCCAGCCGCCCGCCAGCGCUCCGACAAGAAAUGGACGCGGAGGCUCAUCGACGAGAUAGACUGGAUCGGCGCCAUCGUCAUGAGCGCCGGCCUGGGGCUCUUGCUCUACGUGUUGGCCAUGGUGUCUUCUUCAUACAUGAGCAUACGGCAGCCCACCAGCGCCUCCCUCCUGGCCGUUUCACUUGUCCUGUUGAUCAUCUUCCCCUUCUGGAUGGACUGGCAGACAAAACGAGGCCGUCCUGCCCUUAUACCAAACAAGCUGUGGCGGAACUCGGCCUUCACGUCCAUCUGCAUAUCCGUCUUCUUCUGCUGGGCUGCCUUGAACGGGAUAGAAUAUUACAUAACCUUAUACUUCCAGAACGUCGAGGGCCUGUCCGCGUUGCAGAGCUCAAUCCGGUUCAUCCCACAUCCCAUAGUAGGGACAAUCACAAACAUUGCUACGGCGUACCUGGUGUCACGAGUUCGGGUCCAAACUCUGGCCGUCGUCUCUGCCCUGAUCACCGUCACGGCCCCAGUCCUCAUGGCAACCGUAAGGGUCGGCGAGAACUACUGGUUCGCACCGUUCUGGGCCUUGAUAUUGUCCCCAAUAAACCCAGAUGUCCUAUUCACCGUUUCCAACAUCGUCAUAUCCGAGGCUUUCCCCGAGGGAGUUCAGUCAUUAGCCGGAGGUGUCUUCAACGAGGUCUCUCAGUUCGGCAACUCGGUCGGCCUCGCCAUAACGGCAGCUGUUGCAGCGUCCGUCACCGCGCACAAACCAUCAACCGAUGAUCGAGCCCACGCCUUGAUGGAGGGCUAUCGAGCGGCUCUCUGGACCGUGUUUGCGGCGACGGCGGUUGUCGUGCUGGUGACCAGUGUUGGGCUGAGGAAAGCUGGUACGAUUGGGAAAAAGGAUCAAUAAUAAUACAUUUGCCGACUCGGUACAUCAAUGGCUUACAUACUGUCGUGGGGCGGAGGACCUCUGCAAGCCCAGUUUGGCCCUAAUUAGAGCUGAGCAGAAAGCAAAUAAGAUGGGCCAUAGGUAUUAAUCUUAGAAGAAGUUUACACAGGAAGUUUACACAGGAUAAAGCUGUCUCUGUGGCACGAGACUGAGGCCACGUGCCCACGCAUUGUAUGCCCUAUGCUGGUGAGGAGGUCAGGACAUCUUCUAAGGAGCAACACAUUUCUUCUACACAUCACUCCAAGUAUACACAUGUGUUAGCAGCAAAGAGGAGCAAGCAUGGCUGGUGGUGACGUGCAACAAAGCCACCGUACUGCAUCCACCAAUGGCUCAAGGUCUGUACCUGCUUGGGGUGUACAUAUGUACUUGAGGAGUUGCAGGCCACAGAGAUACCGGGCAGAUCCCCCACCACAGCAGACAACUCACAAGGUGGUUGCCACCAGCAACCUCCAAGCUUGUUUGGGCUCCAAGCAUUGUGGGUUGCAUGCACAUAGGGGGAAAAGGGCAAAAUUCCAUAGGAAUGGUUGGCAGCUCCGUCAUGGUGGGCUGGAGAUGUUGCCGUUAUGGCUUGUCAAGUAUCCACUACUGGGCGCGUGCGUACAGAGCAGAGGGGUGGUAAACAUAACUUACAGUGUAGGAUGGGUAAGGCAGGUUGUAUACAAGGAAUUGGGUGUGAAAGCAGUGUCACUGUCUUUGGGUGAAGCCAGCUGAGCUGCUGGCUUCUUGCUGACGGCUCCUUGCUGCCCCAAGGCAACAUCACUCAGAAAUGGGGUCCAGCCUGCAAGGAGAUUCACAUGGAAUGAGAUCUAGGUCAGGUUCUCGGUCAAGUUCUCAAAA